CAGCACCUUACAUGUUAUGAUAAAUAUAAUUUAACUGGCAAGGUACUUAUAUUGUGUUAAUCUCAUCUUCAUUUCUUUAGCUAAAAGAACACUCGGCAGCAUCUAUCACUGUCGAACGUUCUUGUUUCUUCACAUUUUAUCUUUCAUGCAUAUGUAUGAUGUAUGUAUGUAUGUAUGGACAUAAUACAUGCAUCUUUGACUACAAAAGUUUAUAGUCAAAGUGUACACGCAGCACACUUGCGAUGAAUAUAGACAGGUACUGCAAAUAAGAUAAAGAAAGUGCGUGUAACCUGCUAGAUACAGAGACUGCUAGGUAUUGCUAUAAGAUAAAAAGAGAUAGAGAGAGAUGACCACAGCGCCGCCAUCUUCUGACCAACGUACUAAUUAUUGAGCAUCAAAUAUUCGUAUCCUUCUGGGCUUCUAUGGGAAUUUUUGAAUCGUUUGAAUCCUUCAAGUCAGUGAAGUGUGGUAAUUAGCUCGAUCUGUCAAAAACAAGUUAUCGAAGAAAAUGCCGGUGACAAAUUAUUUAAACUUGGAUAUUGACAAGCUUUUCGAAGAGCACACAAUAAAGGAGAUUGAGCAAAUUCAAAAGAAAAUUGAAAUCGAAAGCGAGCGUAAGAAAAUUGAGCUUCGAACUUUGAUUAGUGAGAGGUACAGAGAUUUGAUACAAGCUGCAGAUGCGAUAACAGAAAUGAAAGAAACAUCAGAGCAGGUUAUCGAGAGGAUGGCUAAGCUGGAAGAGACGUUUCACCUUUUGCAACAAAAGUACUUAAUAGGUUUCAAAAUAGUGCCUAUUGAAACGAAAUCAGAAAGAGAAUUUCAAGAAAAGCGGGAUUCUGUAGUGAUGCAAUUAAAGAUUUUAAUGGAUGUGCCAGAAAAGAUUUGGACCGCUAUAGAUAGUAAAAAUAUUCUGUUAGCUACACAGCUCUUCAUACUUGCUCAGCACUUGCAGUAUAGUUUGAAAUUAGAGGUCGGAGACGAGGAGCUCUUAAAUAAAUAUCCAAUAGUCACUGAGCAAUGGAAAUCGAUAAGUCAAUUUAAAACAGUUAUUCCGAAAGAAUGUAAUAGAAUACUAUUGUCAUCGGAUUUGUUGCCUGAGUCUGCUGCAAAUGUUCUGGCUUCAUUAGUGAUUUUAGAGAAAAUUUCAGCUCCAGCUUUAUUGGAAAAGUUGAUAGUUCAAAGAAGUCGUACCAUUGAAGAAAUUGUUAAAGGUGAUUGCGAUCAUACCGUAAAGUUCAGGGUGAAAUCGUGCAUUAAGUUGUUAAAUGAUACCGUCACAUUGAUCUAUACCUGCUUCGUGAAAGCUAAUGACAAAAAUGAUGGCCUCAUCUCCCAACACAUUAAAUCUAUGGUACAUCUGGAAGCACAUUCCAUGCUCUUACAUCUAAAUUUGAGCAGUGAGUUGUUAAACAAGUUGCUGCCAACAAUUGCAACAAAUCAUAAACCUUUCUUUGGUAUUCAGUUUAAGGAUCUGUCAUUAUCAGAAAUUCAGGAAAGUAUAAAUACUUGGCUUAAGUGGGUUAGAGAAUUAAUAGAUAUUGAAAUGACCAAACUAUUGAAUUUGAUAACAUCUGUUCGUGGAAUAUAUAAUGUCCGUGAGGAGGUUCUUACAGUCCACAUUCCAGAAAAUUGGGUUUCAAUGUGGAAAGGAUUAUCAUUGCCAGUUUUAAAUUUCUGGGCGGAAUUUUUUAAACCUCUUCUUACAAAAAGAAUAAAGGGUAUCAUUGUCGACAAAUGGAACAAUGCUUUGACCAACUUGAAGGUAGCGGUUUCAGAUUUGUUGAGCAAAGUAUCUCGAGAACAGCAUGAAUUUCCUGAACAUGACCUGCGCUGGUAUGUUUGGAAAGAUUCGCCAGCCGAUAUUCCUCAACAGUUAACAAAAAAUAGUUAUGCCGAUAACAAAAGGUCCUUGCUUAUAAAGAGUAAAGGAUUUUCACCCAGUCUAGUCAAGCUCUGUCAAGACUUUGACAAGAGCUUGUUGGAUCUUCUUUUGGAUUUAGAACAGUAUUUGUAUGAGACGAAUAAAGUUAUGUCAGCGAAGAACAAUUUACUUACGAUAGAUAUUUCAGUGGUGUCUAAUAAAUUUGCUGAUCGUGAAGAACUGCAGGAAGAUUUGCAGAAUGUUAGUACUAGUAAGAUCCAAGACAUUAAAACAUUUAUUAGAGAAGAAUGCAUCCCUGAAAAACCGAAAUUUGGAAGACGAGAGACAAAUGCUAUAGUAAUGGCUCGAUUUCUUCAAGCCCUGACAUCUUUAUGCCCUAAUUUAAAUAAAUGUUUUGCGCUUUCUAAGAUGUCCAGCUUGACCAUGAUAAACGUCAAGUGGCAGUCAAUUUGUGAUAGUUUGAAAGAAGAAAGUAUCUUUACAUGGACAAUUUGGGAAAAUUUGUAUAAAGUGAAAUUGUGUGAACAGAGGGACAGACAUUUAAAGUUAUCCGUCGAUGAAUUUCGUAUUCAUCUGACGAUCUCAGAAUGGGAAAAAAUAAUGAUCGAAGAAGAAGCCGAGGAGGGAAAGAGAAUCAAGUCUGAAAUUCUUGUGCCGUAUCAGCCAUCGGUUCCUUUACAAAAACUUUUGGCAGAUGUGUGCAGAGACCUGAACUUAAUCAUACCUCAUACUAUUCCAAAAAAAAUCCUCUAUAAAAUUAUCGAAGACGUAGUCUUAAUUGUUUUCGAUUACUACCAAAAAAUGUCUGAGUGUACAGGACUUCGACAAAAGCAAGCCUUUCAAGUUCUUUUUGAUGUAAAAUAUGUCACGUUAUUAAUGGUAGCCAGAGAGAAUAAAGUACUGAUGGAAAAGUCAGCGGAAGUCUGUGAUAAAGUCCUGUUGAAGAUCGAUCCUUUCGACUUGGAUGUGUUUUAUCCUUUCAUACAUGGAAAUGUUAAGAAGAGUGUCCAGAGGUCUUUGUUGAUAUAUGGAACCUUAGUACCUCAUGCCGAACAACUCCAUUCUAUAUUAGGUGCACGUAGUGAGUACAAUGUAAGUGAUUCCACAAAACCUAUAUCGAAUCCUCCAGGAGUACUUGCAUUAUGCACCGGAGCUCCUUGGUUGCCUCCGCUAGCAGUAACUGCACCUGCAAGAAAUCUGCCUCUGUCAUCGGUUUCGAUACCCGACAAAAUUCAGAUCGGUGCUUGCUUAAGCGCAAGAAGGCACUCAUUAAAGUCCCUCCAAAGAGUGACCCAACUGGAACGACGAUAAAAUCUGGAGCAGCAGCGUUUUUUGGUGCCAUGGGGUCCGAUUGGUUCAGCACGAGUUAGCCAGUAUUUCAAGUAUCACCUUAUUUGUAUAUACAUUAUUAACCAGUGAAUAUAGAAUAUUAUUUGUUAUGCAUAUUAAUACACACCUUGUAUUACUAAUUGUACAUACAA